UUGCAUAAUACUAAACGUUGAUGUAAAGGUAAAGAUGCUUUCUUGCAAUUAUAAUGAGUGUUAGUACAGCCGUUAUACAAUUUCUUGCAUUAUCAGCUGUAGGAAUAUCAGUACUAUGUACGAGAAUACUAAUUGGAACCAUUUUGAUAUAUGUGUCAAACUUUGGUGGCAAUGAUUUUUAUCGUAAUUGAAAAUUGAAAAACCUUCCAAAAGAGUUGGGAAGUAGCAACAUUUGUUGGAAGGUGAAUGAACAGGAUUUUAGCUGCGCAGAGCUGUCCGUGACAUUGAGCGUACUCAUCCAGGAAAAAAGUGACCAUGAAUAAUGCACAAGCUGAAACUCAACAUCCUCUUCCGCGCUUUAACACAGGCGCCAUGUCGGCGCUCCUCCGCCGCUGCCGCCACCACCACCACCACCACCAAGUCCUUCAAUGCCACCCUCCACCGCCUUUCCUCGGAAGGUGCCCACCAUCAUGCUUUACUCACAUACAACUCCAUGCUCAAAUCCUCUGUUCCUCCAGACCCUUUCACUUUUCCCACUCUCCUCAAAGCCUGCAUUUCCCUCAACCUCUUCCCUCACGGCCUUUUGCUACACCAACACGUAGUCGUUAAUGGAUUCUCGUCUGAUCCUUAUAUUGGGUCUUCUUUGAUCAGUUUUUACUCCUCUUUUGGGCUUCCAGAGCGUGCACACAAAGCGUUUGAUAUAAUGCCUGACAGGAACAUUGUCCCUUGGACGGCUGUUAUAGGGUGUUAUGUACGGAGUGGUGAUUUUGAGCAUGCUUUUGUUAUGUACAAUUCUAUGGUACAUGAUGGAGUAAAGCCCACUUCUGUUACCAUGUUGACUAUGCUUUCUGGGAUAUCAGAGAGCAUUCAUGUGGAGUGUUUGCAUGCUUCUGUAGUAAAGUAUGGAUUUAUGGGUAACACUGUUUUGUUGAAUUCUAUGUUGAAUGUGUAUGGCAAAUGUGGAAGAAUUGAGUAUGCUAGGAAGUUAUUUGAGUGGAUGGAUGAAAAAGAUAUUGUUUCCUGGAAUUCUUUGGCUUCAGGGUAUUCUUUAGUGGGGGAUACAGAAGAAUUAUUGAGGCUAACGUAUAGAAUGAGAUUGGAAAAUACAUGGCCUGAUUAUCAAACAUAUGGGUCCUUGGUUUCUGCAAUUGCAAAAGAGGGUUGUGCCGAAUUGGGAAAAGUGGUGCAUGGACAGAUAGUUGCUGCUGGAUUUGAACUAGAUGUGCAUCUUGAGACAUCACUUAUGUUUAUGUAUUUAAAGUGUAGGAACAUGGAUUACACGUUUAAGAUUUUUGAGCGAGCAAAGGAGAAAGAUGUAGUUUUGUGGACGACUAUUAUCUCAGGACUUGUUCAGAAUGAACGUGCAGAUAGAGCACUUCAAGUGUUUCAAGGCAUGUUGUGUAGUAGAAUUGAACCGUCUACAACUACUAUAGCAAGUGCCCUUGCAGCUUGUGCUCAAUUAGGUUCAUUGAAAGUAGGAACUUCUAUACAUGGCUACAUGUUGAGGCAAAGAAUUGCCAUAGAGACUCCUGCCCAAAAUUCACUUGUCACCAUGUAUUCAAAGUGUGGCUAUUUGAAGCAAGCGCUUGCUGUUUUCGAUAUGAUAAAAGGCAGAGAUGUGGUUUCCUGGAAUGCAAUUGUUGCAGGGAAUGCUCAGAAUGGGCAUUUAGCAAUGGCCUUGCAUCUGUUUAAUGAAAUGAGGAUAGCCCAUCAAAGACCUGACUCAAUUACAGUGGUUUCUCUUCUUCAAAUUUGUGCCUCUGUAGGAGCAUAUCAGCAAGGGAAGUGGAUUCAUAAUCUUGUUGUAAGGGGCUAUUUUGAACCUUGCGUCAAGAUAGGCACGGGUUUGGUUGAUAUGUACUGCAAGUGUGGUGACUUGGACAGUGCGAGGAAGUGUUUUGACAGGAUCGUAGAACAUGAUCUCAUUUCAUGGAGCACAAUUAUUGCCGGAUAUGGCAAUCAUGGCAAAGGGGAAACUGCCCUGGAGUUGUAUUCGGAGCUUGUGCAAAGUGGUCUUACACCAAAUAGUGUUAUUUUCUUAUCUGUUCUCUCUGCCUGUAGUCAUAAUGGACUUGUCGACCAGGGUAUGAGCUUGUUUGAUUCCAUGGAAAGGGAUUUUAAGAUUGCACCUGAACUCGAACACUGUGCUUGCAUAGUUGAUCUACUUUGUCGAGCUGGUAGGGUAAAAGAUGCAUACAACUUCUAUAAGACAAAAUUUCCGGAACCAAUGGCUGACGCACUUGGUAUAGUUCUUGAUGCUUGCAAAACGAAAGCCCUUGUAGAACUUAGGGAUAUUGUUUGCAAAGAAAUUUCAAUGUUAGAUCAUGGUGAUGCUGGAAGGUAUGUGCAAUUGGCUCAUAGUUACGCUUCAAUGGCCCAGUGGGAGGGCGUUGGUAAGGCAUGGGUCCAAAUGAGGGAUCUUGGGCUCAAAAAACUUCCUGGUUGGAGUUUUAUCGACUUACAUGGAAUAAUAACAACCUUUUUCAUGGGCCAAACCUCUCAUCCUCAGCAGGAGGAGAUAAUGUUGGUCCUCAAGAAUCUGAGUGAGGAGAUUAGUGAAAGGGUAAUCAUGUCAAACAUAGAGAAUAUGCCGUAGACGCUUAUGUACGGCAUCUUCUCCGUGCUGUUUUUCCCAAUGGGGAUCACUGAUGUCAAAGGCUUCGUGAAACCCAGAGAGGAAAUCAUGAGGAGAUAUCUGAGAGUAAAUGUCAAUUUGCUCAGGAUACUAUUGUACUAUAAAUGUCAGUUUGCUCAGAAUACUAUUGUAUUAUUAGGAAUUGAACAAGGAAUAUCAGUUUAAUUUGAGUGCGAGCCAGAAUUCCAGAAAGUGUUUACAACUGCCAACUGCAAAUCAAUCAUUCAGUUGUUCACAGUCAACUAUAGACCGCAAUAUGUGUCCAUGAAGUUGAGAACUGAUCAAACAUGUGACAGUGGACAGGUCUUGGGCAAUCAUUACCUCAUGAACGAGUUUUUGAAGUUAAAUUAGGCACAAUUUUUUUUCUUUACAACAGGAAAGUUCUUAUUUACUCUGUACGAAGGACCACUUGGGAAACUUCAAAGCACCAACUGGCAUAUCACCUUGAAUUUAUUCAAUAUUAUGAAUUGCAAGGUCUGCAUAAA